CGUACGGUUCGUCCGCCUAUCCAGGCAUCAGCCCGCCCCGUCCGCCCCGUCCGCGCCGUCGUUGUAGCGACGCCACGACCCACAACGUCGGCCGGUCUGCAAACAGAACUCGCGGAUGACGGUCGGGUGCCCUGAUGCAACUCAUGUAUCUCCAAAAUUUGUAAUCGUUAAUUAUUUUUUUAGUGAAUGAACCGUUGUAGUGUGUGGAUACGGUGUGAACUAUAAAAGUUUUAUAAUGUUGAAAUUUGAGUUGAUGGUUCGAGCACUACGAAUGGACGCAGCGGGCACUCUCCGAGCGAGGAUGACAUGGUAGAUAUCACGCCUGGCUGCGGCGCGGCUGGUCUACAGCAGGCGGCUGACACGACGCCCACAAACCACGGCACCUUUCAGCUUUACGAACACAGCGGCAGGAACUCCACCGCUAGCCCAAACUCUUACAUAGCUCAGUACUUCAGCUCGUCGACCGGGGACGCAAUUAUCUUCUCCGGUAUGCAGGCAGAUGAUGACAUCCCUGGUAUUGGGCAAUAUGAUGACUUUCAUACAAUUGAUUGGCAGAGGGAUAUUGCCCGUGACCGCAUGAGACAUAGGUAUAUUGUAAAGAAGAGACAAGACUCAUUAUGGGAUCUUAUCAAAGGUGCACACGAUGCGUGGUCAGGAUGGGUGUGCGUACUGUUGGUAGGCGUGUGCACAGGAGUGGUGGCAGGUGUGAUCGACAUCGGCGCCUCGUGGAUGACCGACCUCAAGUUCGGCAUAUGCCGCCAGGCGUUCUGGUUCAACAGGGAACAAUGCUGCUGGUCCAGUAACGAGACCACAUUUGAUCACGGAAAUUGUUCACAGUGGUUGACAUGGCCGCAAAUGUUCGGCGAGUCGCGCGAGGGCGCUGGUGCAUACAUCAUCAGUUACAUUUUUUACAUUGGCUGGGCGCUCCUGUUCGCGGCACUGUCCGCGUCACUCGUCAGAAUGUUCGCGCCCUAUGCAUGCGGCUCUGGUAUUCCUGAGAUAAAAACGAUCCUUAGUGGGUUCAUUAUCCGAGGAUAUCUGGGCAAAUGGACAUUGAUCAUCAAAGUGGUAGGUCUCAUACUGUCCGUGUCGUCCGGUCUGUCGCUGGGGAAGGAGGGCCCAAUGGUCCAUAUUGCCAGUUGUUUGGGGAAUAUCCUGUCAUACCUGUUUCCCAAGUACGGUCGCAACGAGGCCAAAAAGCGUGAAAUAUUGUCAGCCGCGGCUGCCGCCGGCGUGUCCGUAGCGUUCGGUGCUCCCAUCGGUGGUGUACUGUUCAGCUUGGAGGAGGUAUCGUAUUACUUCCCUCUGAAGACUCUGUGGCGGUCGUUCUUCUGCGCACUGAUCGCCGCCUUCAUCCUGCGCUCCAUCAAUCCAUUUGGCAACGAGCAUUCUGUGCUAUUCUUUGUUGAAUACAACAAGCCCUGGAUAUUCUUCGAGCUUAUACCUUUCGUCGGCCUCGGCAUUAUCGGGGGCUGCAUAGCGACUAUAUUUAUAAAGGCGAACAUCUAUUGGUGCCGCUACCGUAAAUACUCUAAACUGGGCCAGUACCCGGUGACGGAGGUGCUGGUAGUGACGUUGAUCACGGCGGUGAUCGCGUACCCCAACCCGUAUACGCGCAUGAACACCAGCCAGCUCAUCUACCUGCUGUUCAACCAGUGCAGCAUUUCCAACUCGGACCCUCUGUGCGACUACGACCGUAACUUCACGGAUGUGAAUACCGCUAUCGAGAAGGCGGCCGCGGAAGAAGGUGUCUACCACGCCAUCUGGCUGCUAAUGCUCGCGCUGAUAGUCAAGCUGGUGAUGACCGUGUUUACGUUCGGCAUCAAGGUGCCCUGCGGACUGUUCAUACCCAGCCUCGCUCUCGGCGCCAUCGCCGGCAGGAUUGUCGGCAUUGGUGUGGAGCAGCUCGCAUAUCACUACCCUAAGAUCUGGUUAUUCUCCGGGGAGUGUUCGACGGGCGAUGACUGCAUCACGCCCGGUCUGUACGCUAUGGUAGGAGCUGCGGCGGUACUCGGCGGCGUCACCAGGAUGACUGUGUCCCUGGUGGUGAUAAUGUUCGAGCUAACGGGCGGCGUGCGGUACAUCGUGCCUCUGAUGGCAGCCGCGAUGGCUUCCAAAUGGGUGGGUGACGCUCUCGGACGGCAGGGUAUCUACGACGCGCAUAUAGCGCUCAACGGGUACCCAUUUCUGGAUAGCAAGGAUGAGUUCCAGCACACAUCGCUUGCAGCAGAUGUCAUGCAACCCAAACGAAACGAGACGCUGGCUGUGAUAAUGCAGGACUCGAUGACUGUGGACGACGUGGAAACGCUGCUGAAGGAAACGGAGCAUAAUGGGUACCCGGUGGUGGUCUCCAAGGAAUCGCAAUACCUGGUCGGGUUCGUGCUGCGGCGGGACCUCAACUUGGCUAUAGCAAACGCGCGGCGCACGAUAGAGGGCAUCACUGGGCAGUCGGUGGUGGUGUUCGCAGGAACUGGCAACCCGCCCCCCGGUCCGCCCCCUUACCUCCCACUCAACCGCAUACUGGAUAUGGCGCCAAUCACAGUCACUGACCAGACCCCCAUGGAGACGGUGGUCGAUAUGUUCCGCAAACUCGGACUACGGCAGACGCUCGUUACCCACAACGGGCGGCUGCUGGGCGUCAUCACCAAGAAGGACGUGUUGCGGCACGUGAAACAAAUGGACAACGAGGACCCCAGUUCCGUGCUCUUCAAUUGAUAUAGCAGCAUGCCGUGAGCGGCUCCCACGCGCCAAUACGCGCCACUUCAUUCGUUUUAAGAACAUGGACAGAUAUUACGUACAUGGUAUUAUUUUAUAGCGUAAAUUACUAAUAAUAUUGGGGCCGACAACGCAGCCCUCUACACGCAGCACGCAGCGCGUACGGCGGUGUGUGUAUGUUUAGGGUGUCGUACGCGUCGGCCAUAGUAUAAUUGUCAUAUUGUAACGCGCCAAUUAAUGUUAUUUAUUGCGGAUAUACGAGCGCGCAGCCUUGUAGUGAAUAAUUAUUGUAUAUAUGUGAAUGUUCACUCGUGUGGCAUAUAGUGGUAGGUACACGCGGGCGUAACACCCAAUCAAUCAUGUAAUUUUAUUAUUUAACCAUUUUAUGAAUCAAUUAUACUUUGUAAUAUUCAUUUCAUAUUGAGUUUUAUAUGCUUCUAAGCUGAAGAUGUUAUUAUUCUUUUACAUAAUUUAGAACAAAGAUGUAUUUCAAUUUUACAAUAUAUUUACAUUAUUACUACAUGUGUAUAAGAAAUCAUAUUGAUCGAGGUUUAAAUAAUUAAGUAUAUAUAUAUAUAUACAUAUAUAAAUUAGACUCGGAGAUGAAGUGUAUAUAAGAUUAGUUCUAUGGUUCAUAAUUAUUUUAUAUAUUGAUAUCUCAUUUUCCGUAGAAUUUAGUGAUUGUAACUUGUAUUUGUCUCCUUUCUAUGUUUAUUUUAUUGUAGAUCUAACAAUUUGAAUAUAUUUACCAGUUUUAUUUUAAACACGUACGUGGGUAAGUGCGUGCUCGCCCACGUAUUUGUGCAAUUGAGGCAUAAUAAUUUGCAAUAUUAUUGUAUGGGACAUAAUAAGCGGCGGACGGCGGAUGGGCCGGCACUUAGCUCGGUAAGCAAUGUCUUUUGAUUAUAGCACACAGCACUGCACAUGUACAGAGCGUAAACUUGACUAUAAACUCUAUGUGGGAACGAAUUUUAGGCGUAUUAUCAUCACUCCAUUGACUUGAAUGGUGGCACAUAUAGUGUUAUAUGUAAUGUGUGUAUAUAAGGUUCUAAGAUGAGCAUUGGCUGAACGUUUUCAAUCUGUAUGCAUGCAUUCCUGUAGGGGAUAUAUUGUGUUUAAUCAGUUGUUGAAAUGUGACAUGUAUAUAUUGUAAAUAACGAUUGUGAUACAAAUAUAUAAUAAUAUUAACUUAUUUAUUAUUGGAGCGGCUCCCGCCGACCGCCACGUAUGUGGACCGCCUACAACGGCCGCCUGUUGUGUACUGUAUAUUUUAAUUUAUAUUGACCAUAUUACUUGUUAAUGUCUAUAGUUAAUGCUAUAAAAUGAGUACAUUUCAUUUAAUAUUUAAAUAUUAUAUCAUCAACUAUAGACUUUGAAAUGUAGAGAAAUCCAAUUUUUAUGAUAUUUAUUUUCUAAUGAAUCGAGUCUAUUUACAAUGACCACAAUAACUAUAUUUUUAAUAUAAUUUAGUAAUGGAUGUAAUGGAGGGAAGGUAUAGUUAUGUACAAUAGUAGUCUCGGACAUCGAGUCGCGCAGCACCCGAACGUACAAUUUGUAUAUAGUAAAAAUGUAGGGACAAGUCCAUGUAUCAAAUUAACUAUUAUAUACUACGUAUAUACGCGCCGUAUGCGUGUAUUUAAUCUGGCGAAUAAUAAUCUAGAUAGUUCAAUGAAUUUUAUAUAAUGUAUCUGUUUCUCUUCUGUGGUGAAUAAAGCUGCAUUGUGAUGACGUUUUUUUUUCAAUCUAUAUCGAUCUUGUUAUAAUCAGAGAGAUUUUAUAUAGGAUAUAUUUAAAAAUUAGAUGUAUGCCCAAUUUGAACUGUCGUUGGCAGGAUUUUGUGUGCAUCGGUAGACUGUUUCGUUUUAUAAUUGUAAAAUGAUGAGUCGUUGUACUUUGCUCAGGGUCAACAGUAAGGAGUAAUGUAUUUAGAAUGAUAGUAAAGCAGUGAACUGCACUUUGUAAUGUAUUGUACCAGCUUUGGUACCAAAAUUGCUGUAUCACGAAACAUGUAUAAUUGUAUGGUGUGUGUCUAUAUUGUAACACAGCUACUAGUGUCAAUGUAUCGUGUGUUUACACAAGUUAAGAUUAUCGAGCAUUAGUAAAAAUAUAUACCCAGUAUUUUAUCGACUUCCAUGUAAAGACUAACAAUAGCGUAACGAUUGUAAAACUUAAGUCCACAUCAACAGAAUGUAACUAAAGUAUGAAUCAAAUAGCGAAACAUUGGCCAUUUGGUUUUUAUUUUGUGCCACUGCACCACUCAUGUAGGUCAUCGAUAUGACACAAUGUAGCGGUCGUGAAUGUUUUGGGUCAUAUAACAUAUUGAAUCUUAUUUCCGUCACGGUCUGACACUAUUAUUAAUUGGUAUUACGGAUGGAUUCUUGUACUAUGAUGCCUAUGUAUGUCUAUAAGAAUGGACUGACAAUUUAAAAUUGUAAUUAGUACAAUGUAUGUAAAUAUACAAUUAUCUUCACGCAGCGUGGGGCGCUGUCGCUCCACCGGUGGCGUCUUUUGUAACAUAUUUUACAUUAUUGUAUUACACUGUCAGGUGUGCGGGGUGUCCAUUCCAUCCAGCGCGUAUGUAUGCGUCCAGGCGCCGAUUACAUGAUCACUUGCCUCACGUUCUAUAUUCACAGAGUCGAAUAUAUACUCAGAAGUAUUGUUUAAAUCAUAUCAAAACAGCAAUUAUAUUUAACUAAUUAAUGGAAAAUAUUAAAUUUAAA